AUGUCAAUGCUAGUAAACGGCAGUCCCACAGAGGACUUUGUUAUUGGUAAAGGCUUGAGACAAGGUGAUCCAUUGUCCCCAUUCUUAUUCCUGCUAGUGGUCAAAGGGUUAUCUCGUCUGAUGAGGAAGGCAGUUGAUAUCGGCAGAUUCACUGGUUUCAAGGUCACUAAUGAUUUGCAUUUUCAUACUCUCCAAUUUGCGGAUGAUACUGUUAUUGUAGGAGAGGGGAAUUGGGACAAUUUGUGGGCCUUAAAAACGGUUUUGCAGAGUUUCGAAAUAGUAUCAGGGUUGAAUAUCAAUUUUUUCAAAAGCAAACUUUACGGCAUCAAUUUAGAUGAUAGUUUCUUGUCUACUGCCUCUGCCUUCCUUCACUGUGAGGUGGAUAUUAUUCCGUUCCGAUUUCUUGGUAUCCUAGUUGGUGCAAAUCCUAGAAGAAGGUCGACGUGGUCACCCAUAUUGGAAUCUAUGAAGAAUCGUCUCAAUAGGUGGAAUGGUCACAAUUUCUCUAUUGGAGGACGUGUCACACUCAUAAAUUCGGCACCUAAAUGUGUAUUACAAGAUUUGGUGGCUAUACAAAAAAAAGUUUUAUGGGGUGGAGGUUCAGAUUCGAAGAAAAAUUGUUUGGUAACUUGGGACACAAACAAAUCUCUAUAUCCUAAUGGUUCCAUUGCUGACAUGGGAUUUUGGCUAAAUGAAAGAUGGGUGUGGAAUUUUUUAUGGUCCGAAGAAUUACCAAUAGAGCAGCAACAAGCAGCUGCAGACUUGCAGCUUUUGUUAUUUGAUGUGCAGCCUAAGAACAAGCCUGAUGGGAGGAGGUGGAUUCCUAAUCAAUCCGGCGAAUUCUCGGUCAAUUCGGCAUAUUCGUCAUUGCUGAGUCGUGGCAAAAGGAGGAUUAAUGAUGAGUUUUUAGUUGAUGCAAUUUGGAGGCUUUGGAGGAAUAAUGUUCCGUCGAAGAUUAGCAUAUUUGGAUGGAAAUUCUUACUAGCAAGACUCCCCACGAGAGCGGCGUUGGCUAAGAAAGGGAGCAUGAAGAAAUGA